AUGUCUACUCCGAAACCGAAGCCAAGCACCGUCCAGACCCGUCAAGCUAUACUUGCAGUUGCCCACGCUCUAGGUGAUCUGAAGUAUGCUGUGGUUGGUGGAGGUGCUUGCGCUAUGCUAGGCUCUAUGCGAGAGACGGAAGAUGUGGACUUUGUCGUGCCCAUGAAUGGCACCAAGAAUGCAAGGGACCGUCUCAAGCGCAACCCCAUUUACUUCGAGGUCGAGAAGAAGACCUUGCAUACCUCUUUCAAGAGCGACCCCAAAGUCGAAAUUGAGAUUCUCACCCCUCCCGUUCUCUUUAAAGAAGAAUUUACCGAGUCAACGCCGACAAUCAUAAUCAAGGGCGUUAAAAUUUUAAAACCAGCACUAAUCUUGAAUGCUAAGUGCCGAUCCAUGCUGGGAAGACAUACCAACGCAAAGAAACAAACCGAUGCGGACGACAUACUAUUUCUGCUUGAGUGGUGCUAUCAGAACCAGAUGCUUCCGACUGGUACUGAGGUCCCGAACGCGACCAAGGAUUUUGUGCUCUACUUCAUGAGUAUCCACGGCAAUAAAAAGCUGUGGGAAGACGCUGGUUACGACUUUCACAAGGGAACGUUUCCCCAUUAG